UAAACAAAGAUAUGGAUGGAUCAGAAAGUCAUAAUUAUGACAGUGACACUUGUGCUGAAGCUGAGCUUCCAGAUAGUCCAAAAGUUGAAUCUGGAGUGGAUGAACAAUCAAAUGAUGGUCACCUCAUCAAAUUGGAAAAAAAUAAGAGUUCAGGAAGUUUUCCUUUUUCAACAGAAGAGGGUAGUUCAUUAAGAUGUGAUUCUUGUGCAGAGAGUAACAUAAGCAAACUAGCCGCCAAGUUAUGCAUUGAAUGUACAGAAAAUUUCUGUGAUGAAUGCUCCUCUGUUCAUUGUUCACAAAAGGCGACAAGAAACCAUGUCCUAAAUGAUUGUAUGUCUCCAACAAAAGCACCAAGAGCAGUAUUUUUAUGUUCAACCUGUUCAGUUAUGCAGCACACAAACCCUGCCACAAUGAGCUGUAAGGAAUGUGAAGAGGUCUACUGUGACAUAUGCAGCAAUGUUCACAGAACACAAAAGGCCACUAGAACACACACCUUGUCAGUACAUGAGGACCUUCCAGGAAAAACCAUGUGUGAACCAUGUGAAUAUAAUGGCAAAGAGAAUAUAGAAGCUGUCUACCUUUGCAUUGACUGUGAUGAAGUCCAGUGUACCGACUGUAAAUCGGUUCAUAUAAAACAGAAGGUCACUCGUGGACAUACUCUCAUCUUAUCUUUUCCAGACACCGACAAAUUGUGUGAUGUUUGUUGGAAAUUGGGGCAACAAGCUACACCUGUAAAAUAUUGCAAAGUUUGUUUCACAAAAAUGUGCAACAAGUGUGCAAAGGAGCACCGAGAGGAUUCAUCAGCAAGUGAGCACAAGCUUUAUGACAUAAAGCCUCAAGCAUCAAUUAAACCAGUAUCUACACAAGUGGUGCAACACACAAGUAACAAACAGACUGUUCCGGAAGAGAGACCAAAAGUAAAGAAGUCUGUAAUAGACACUACAAAACCUGGAAAGCCAUGCGUGGUUGGUCAAGUAUCUGUAGACACAGUUUGCCUUGUUUGGGAAUCGCCAACACAAUUGUUUGAAAACCCUAACUUCCAGUUAAGGUAUAAAGAAGCUGAUGGGUCUUCCAAAUGGAGAUUCUAUCCAGACCUAGCUCCUAGUAGCACGAUAACAUUAACCAACCUGAAGUCAGAUACACACUACGUUUUCCAAGUACGAAUGGUGAAUGAUGAAAAUGAGGGCUCAUAUAGUGAUAUAAGUGACACUAUAGGGACAAUACAAUCAGCUGCCCAUCACGUUAUGGAUUUUAUGUAUGAUGUCACAGCACAAGAUGUCAAUAUCCCUUUGAAGAAAAUACCUUUCCAGGAAAAUAUCAAAACUAGAAAUGAAAAAGCUAAAACUAGAAAAUUGAUCAUUGGAAAUGCCUGUAAAACACAUUCUCGAGAGAGAACAAUUAUGCUUGUUGGUGCAACAGGUACUGGAAAAAGCACAUUAGUUGAUGGAAUGGUGAAUUAUAUACUAGGUGUAAAUUGGAAUGACCCAUACAGGCUUACCCUUAUUGACCUUGUAGAUGAAGAGAAAGAUAAAGAUGCUGAUCAGGCUGUGUCACAGACACAAUGGAUAACAUGCUACACUCUUAAUCCUAUAAAAGGCAGUCGCUUGAACUAUUCUUUGAACAUCAUAGACACACCAGGAUUUGGAGAUACGCGAGGGAUUGAUCGAGACAAGCAAAUAAUUGAACAGAUUCGUACAUUAUUUUCUAGUGAAGAUGAAACUGGCAUUCUUAACAUUGAUGCUGUUUGCUUUCUUAUAAAAGCCCCUGAUGCCCGUUUAACACCAACACAGAUGUACAUUUUCAAUGCAAUCAUGUCACUGUUUGGACAAGACAUAGAAAACAAUUUCUGUAUGCUUGUUACUUUUGCAGAUGGAAAACGACCACCAGUGUUGGCUGCACUAAAAGCGGCAAAAUUACCACAUGAGCAGUAUUUCCCAUUUAACAAUUCAGGUCUCUUUGCAGAGAAUACCGGGGAAAAUGUUCCCAGCUUUUCAUCAAUGUUUUGGGAUAUGGGCUGUAAAAGUUUUCAGAUGUUCUUUGAUAAGCUCACAAAGAUGGAAACAAAAAGUCUGAGGCAGACAAGAGAUGUCCUUGAACAGAGAGAAGUUAUAGAAAUAACCAUGGAAAAUCUUUUACCAAAGUUAGAUGCUGGGCUUUUAAAACUAGAAGAGAUGCGUGUCAAAUCAGGAUAUUGGAAGUCUACAAGACACAAAUUGAGGAAAACAGUGACUUUACUUACACUGUAUCUGAAACAGAACAGCGGCAAAUAGACCUUCCAAAGGGGCAGCAUGUAACAAAUUGUCUAAACUGUCAUACAACAUGUCAUAAAGAUUGUGGUAUUCCAAAUGAUGAAGAUAAAAAGAGAUGUUGGGCGAUGGAUAGAAAUGGUUAUUGUAGGCAGUGCCCUGAUAAAUGUUUCUGGAAUAUUCACAGAAAUACCCCGUACAUAUUUGAAUAUGUAACUGUACAAAAGCAGAAAACAUAUACAGAAAAACUGAAGAAAUAUCGACGUGCUGAAGGGGAGAAAAUGACACGUGAGAAAGUUGUAGAAAGAAUGUAUGAUGAGCUGUAUGACCUUGAGGAUGAUAUUAUGGGGUUGAUGGACAAAAUCAAUGAAUGUAACAAUGUUCUGAGACAAAUAGCUCUUCGGCCUGACCCACUGAGUGUAGUUGAGCACAUUGACUUGUUGAUAGAAAGCGAAAAAAUGGAAAAACGACCAGGCUUUCAAACCCGAAUUGCAUCUCUGAAUCAAUGUCGAAAGAAAGCUACUGUAGGGGAGGAUGUUGACCGUUUCAGGACAACUUUCACUGAUACUACCAAGAAGAUAAUAACUGCACAAGUUCAUUUACCUCCAAAGCCUAAGAAGAGGACCAGAAGAGGAAAUUUUAAUUUCUUCCAACCAGUUCUUAACUAUUUUCAGAGAUAGUUAUCAAGUUUGUUAGGCCUGAAGCAUUCCUUACCUGGCUGCUUGAUAAUGUCUACACUACCUUUCAGAUGACAUAGAUAUUUCUGUAUGGAGUACAGUAUGAUUGUGUAAAUAAACUAUUGUGUAUAAGGAUGAUUAUUUAAUGAUUUUUUAAUGCUUCCCUAUAUAUAUUCAUAAAAUCUUCCUUUUGUUGAUGCUUUAUUAUCCCCCGCCGAAAAAUUUCGGCGGAGGAUAUAGAAAUAGUCUCCGUCCGUCCUUCCGUCCGUCCGUCCUUCCGUCCGACAUUUUUGUCCAGAGCAUAUCUCUAAAAGUAUUUGAGGUAUCAACUUGAAACUUCAUAGGUGGAUAGACCUCAUUGAGGAGGAGUGCAGUGCACAAGAAUGAUAACUCUACCUUGCAUGAUUUUUGAGUUAUUGCCCUUUGUUAUUUUUCAAAAUUGAUUUUUGUCCAGAGCAUAACUCCAAAAGCUUAU